UGAAAGGUUUUGUUUUUACAAUAAUAAUAUUAAUUAUUAGGUUUUCAAAUGUAUGAAUAUAAUUAUAAAAGAGAUGUGUCACUUUUGAAUAAUAUAAAUUGGUAUUUAAAAAAUAUUUGGUGAAUCGAUAUCGAUAUAGUGUAUAUAAAUAAUCAGAUUGAAUUUGGGCGCUCGUGCUCUACGUACUAUUGUCUGUCUGCCCGAUAUUUACAUCCAAGGGUUCUAAGUAUUACUGGAUUAGCCGCGACCCCUGUGGCUUUUUGAUUACGAUUUGCUCGAGUGCACUAGUGCAUCUGCCCCCUUAUAAAGAACACCAUAGGUUCACAGUAUCAAUUACAUUGUUGUUAUUAGGUAGCAAAAGAUCUGGCCGCAGAUAAAAGAGCAAAACACAAAAGGACAGGUAGUCCCCGCUUUCACUUGCGAUAAUCAUCAAGAGCAACUAUGCGACUAAUUCAGAUUCGUUUAUUGUCGAAACGAGCACCAAUAGUGGGUAAAAUAAAUUCGGCUACCCUGCCUGUUGGCUCUCAGUUCCUGUUCUGCCAAGAUGAGCGAACAAUGCAUCUCGCAAAGAUCCAGUGACUUUAGCAUUGCACGGAUUCUGUCCACCAACAACAUUUCGUCCAAUAAUUAUCAAAAAAAACAGUUGAAAGUAAAUCAAGGCCUCUCCAACGAUUUGCCAACGAAGAAGAAGAAGACAUUCGAGUGUGUCCCAAAAGGAGCAGAGCAGUCUCAAGACAUUCCCAAAGAAGAAAAGGAUCAGAAAUUUGGAUUGCUCAAACGACAGCUUCCAUGGCUCCAGUGCACCAGGUACAGUCCUCCCAAGUUGCCGAGGAGACCCUCGACUACUAAGCAGAGAAAGAGGAGACUCGGUUCUCAUCCCAGGAUUCCCUUCACCAAAUUCCAGAUUCAAGUCUUGGAAGAAAAAUACAAAAUAAAUGCCUAUCUUUCGAGGAGGGACGUCAUUCAGCUCGGUGGAAUUUUAAAUCUACCACAAAAUCGAGUGAAAAUCUGGUUCCAAAAUCGGCGAGCAAGAGAAAGAAAAGAGUCCCAAUCUAACAAUAUCAGUAUCGAUUAAUUACUAUUUAAAACUAAUUCAAUGAUUUGCUCACAAUCAUUUAACUUUUGUAAAAUAUAAUACUGUAUUUAUGCAUAUUUUAUUACUUACACAUUAUUUUAAGUUUUGAAAUAAAGAAAGAACACCAAAAGAUGAUUAAAAGCGAUUUCAUUGCCUUAUCUUGAAAAACAGCAAUCAAAUUCAUUAUUCAUUAUUCAUUAUACAGAGUAAGUAUUCGCCAAAUAAAAAAGGACGACAUAAAAAUACAAUUCGAUUAUCAGACAUUAAUAACUGUUAAUCAAGAGUCAUGCACAACUGACAAUUAAAUUUCAACAAGAUGUGAUAAUAGAAAAAAAUUUAUCAAAGUAAUUAAUUAUCUUAUUCUCGUUCAAAUGCGACACGAGUUGAAAAAGUCUUCUCAUUACGUUGCUUUAAAUAAAAAUGUAUAGUUGUUGUAUUUAUUAAAAAAAAUCACUCCUUAAUCAGUGCGUAAAGAUUUUUGCGUGCUAGCCAUGCUAUGUAGGAGAUCGUACAAGCUUUAAUUAUCGAUUUUUAAAACCGCUGAUCUUACAAUUAGUCUAAUUGAUUUUAUUGUUUAUCCUCUUUUUUUUUUUUUUUUUUCUUUUUUUUUUUACCGUUAAU